GAACUUUCCCUUUCAACUUUUUAAAUAUUCUUUUAUAGAGUUAAUUUUUACUGGACAUGUGAAAGCAUCAUUCUCUUCUACACUUUUAGAGUUGACAUAGGUGACUGAGCAUUUAAUAAAUUCCUGUGUUGGACUGUUACAGGUAUCAAGUAUUUUCUUUUUCUAAAUACUAAUUUGGUGUUUCAGUAGUGUCCAGAAUUUCUGGUUUCUAUUAGACAAGUCCAACAUGUUUAUGAAAUCGAUAGUGGUAGGAUUUAAAAAAAGGAUAAAAUUACUACUUUUAUCCUAAUAUUGCCAUUCCCCUUCUAUUAGGUAUUAUUUCAACAAUUGCACCUCUUAACCUAACUCCAAUCUGAAACUUACUAGAUUGAAAGUUACUGCUUACAAAAGCAUAAAAGGGAGAGAAGAGUAGUGUGUCCUGAGAAGAGAGAAAAGCUAGACAAAAUAGGAAACUUUCAUCUUGCCUAUUUUGCUGCUCCUCUUCAGCAAAUCCUUGUGUGCCUAUUGAAUGUAGCCUGUUUUUCCUUUUUUCCUAGAUUUUUCUUCCUGAAUUUGCCCUUGGAACAAAAUGUAGAAUGGUAUUCAGUGUUGCAUCUGUUCAACACUGAUAAUGACUGAUCUGACUGAUUGUACUACUAAUGUUGAUAACAGCAGUCAAUUACACUUAUCUGCAAAUGAGUGAAUUGGUGAAUUCCUUAGCCAGCUAUGCUCCUUGGUGUCCAGCUUGUCAACAAAUUGAAUUGACGUGGGAGAGCUUUGCAAAGGAAAGUGAACAUCUAGACAUCACUGUGGGAAAGGUGGAUGUCACUCAAGAACCAGGCUUGAGUGGUCGUUUCUUUGUCACAACACUUCCUACAAUUUACCAUGCAAAAGAUGGAGUAUUUCGCAGAUAUCGAGGCUCACGGACACUGGAGGAUCUUCAAGGUUAUGUUUCAGAGAGAAAAUGGGAAGCUGUGGAGCCUGUAGCAGGAUGGAAGUCUCCAUCUUCUAUAAUGAUGCAUGGCAUGGCAGGGCUCUUCCACCUCUCUGGGUGGAUUAGGCAAAUCCAUAGCUACCUCACUGGCACUCUUGGAAUUCAUGUUUGGAUUUCGUAUGCAGUCUUCAUCUUAGCAACCUUAUUGAUUGGCCUAGUCCUGGGUUUGAUACUGGUUUUGAUUUCAGACUGCCUUUGCCCAUCCAAGUCAAGAUACAGAGCUGAAAAAACUGAAGUGAUUGAAAAAGAGAAUGUGGAGAAUGCAGCAUUAGAAGAACCAGAGGAGGUGGCAGAGCUUUCAGCAGAUGAUGUAGAGGAGCCUGCAGAGGUGAAGGACCUCUCAGAUGGAGAAGAUGCAGCAAAUUCAAGUGUUGAUGACUCUGAAGAGGAUUUAGCACUUGCUAAAGAAUCAGAGGAAGAAGAAACAGAAGACUUAAGUGAACAACCUUUAGCUGAUUCAGAGAUUGAAAGCUCAGUACGACAGCGUAAAAGUCGGGUGGCUGAUAAUGGACUAUAGUUGUUUUGGUGGAGUAUUUUGUACACUUGGACCAAAGAAGUAUCAGACCCUGGGUCUGAAGCUGAAGCUUACACUUGACUUGUCACUUGUGUUUACGCAGAACCUCUGCUCUGCUUUUUUUUUUUUUUGCGCUAAUACAUGCUCAUUGACUUCAUUUUAUAAGCAUACAUGCUGUGUAUGUAACUUUUGCCAUGACAAUCAAAAUGAGUAUAUUUUAUCUGUUUGAAGACAUCUUAAGAGAAAGAGGAUGUAACCAACUCUCAGUCCAGUGGCUAUGAAAUGGUCAUCUGUGCUCAUAUUCCUUUGCAGAUACUGACCUUAGCAAGACCAGAAUUUCUAAGUAGUUUAGCAGGGCUGUGACUCUUCUGUCUGAAUUUUUGUUUUUUGUUUUCCAAAAUGCCACAGAAGCGUCUGAUACAGUAUGAUACAGUAGCGAAAGAAGGCACCUUACUAGUCUUCUAUUAAAAACAAUUUUGUGUACGAUGGUUUAUUUUUCAUUCGCAACUGAAGCACCUUUGUGUUGUGUUUUCUCCAAUGUUUGUUUUGAAAGUAUAUCAUAACUGAGCUUUGUGCUCUGAUUAGUGUGACUCAAAAAUUUUUCAAUUUUUGGUAAUUCAGAAAACAUUCAAAAAAAUGAAAAAAAUUGGUAAAUUCAGCUUAUUGGCUGAUCUUCCCUUCCAUGGUCUUCCC